GAUUCUGUCAGAGACUAGAAAAAUGUGAAACGAUUCUUCCUGCUUUUCAUGAAACAAGAGAUUAGAAUAAAAAAUGAACAUCCAGUUUCAACGCCUGAUACUGAAUACGCGAGGAGAAGAUAAUGAAAAUAAUAUAGCGGUGAUUUAUAUAAUAUUGGCAUGGAACAUCACAAACAUUUAGUUAAGCGAAGGUUUUAAGAGAAAAUUUUUUUAGAAAGUUUUAGAAAGUACAUUUCCAUUUACAGCUAAAAUACCUUCUACCUUCCAUUUUUUCCAUUUUUAGAGAGAAGUUAAGCAUGCCAAAUAAAAAUAAGCAGACAGAGCGUUCAGUUAUUUUUACGUUAAACAAGUGGUCUGAUUGGUUAAAAACCUGCUGUCUGUGACUAUGGCAUGUCACAUCGGAAUACUUAGAAACUAUAUGCGCAACACACUGAAAAAUUUGGUCGCCCGAGAAGGAGAUACCUCGUUCUUGGUGUCUGUUGAUAUCUCCAAUAGCGCGGCAUCCCUUUUGAGCCGAAAAUAAUUGAGCAGUAAAACAGUUUUUGAGAGUUUUUGCCGGUCGCACCGAGUCUAUCGAUGGUGUAGCAUCGUUCGCGGUCGUAUUCUGGGGUUCACACAGAUGGGGAAGCAGGGUCACGAUGGUGCAGUGUAUUUGUUUUUACCUUACUCGUAGACCCAACGCGCUUUGCUUCUUUAAUCAAUUUUCAUACACUGGUUUUUCGAUUUUCUGAAAAUACUACGCAUGCGCAUUAACAACUUGCCUCUUAGAAGAUGCUAACGAUGUUAUAGUUUCCAGUCCCCUUUUUUUAUCAAAGUAGAACAACUAAGGCGAAGCGCACAGUCUAUGAGUAGGCUAGAGUGUGUUGUGAUAUUUGAAUAUUGUUUCUUCAUGGUGAUCAAAAUAAUACUUCUGGCCGCAUUUCCAACCUUGUUUCUGGAGCUUCUUUUUCUUUUUGACCUACUGGUGGCGGUUCAGGUUCCGUCCCAAUGAAAAAACCUCACAAGACCGUGGUGACGAGUAUGGCCACGUUUCUUUAUCCUUAUCCAGCCGUCAUUCUCAAAAAUUACUCUUGGCUUAGCCAAGAAGACUGUUUUUAUUCAUUUUAUCCUACGUACGUUUAGAAAAAAAUGUGCAAUUUAUAUGCAUUACAUAAUAAUAUUUAUAUCGACGCAGCGAAUUGCCGUAUGUAUGACCAUUUGAUUUUUCUCGCAGUGCAGAUGUUAAAGCUGCAUGUUUUCUUGUAUUUUUUUAAUAUGGGCGGGGUCUAUAUGUUAAUGAAUUGAUAAAAUAAAAUGGGUGGUAAAAUUUUCCUGAAUUUGGUCUUGUCCUCCCCCACACAAUUAGUUUACCAAGAGUAAUGAAAUAAAAAAUAACUAUGACAACUAUAUGUACAUUUCCCAGCUAAAAUACCUUCUACCUUCCAUUUUUAGAGAGAAGUUAAGCAUGCCAAAUAGCGAUUCUCCACUAGAGAAGCAUAAUAAAGGAAGAGGAGAGUAUGGAUUUGUAUUACAGAUGCCAAGGCUUCGUCCCAAGAAAACGAAGAAAAGUGUUAAAGGAGAGAAGUUAAGCAUGCCAAAUAGCGAUUCUCCACCAGAGAAGCAUAAUAAAGGAAGAGGAGAGUAUGGAUUUAGAUUACAGAUGCCAAGGUUUCGUCCCAAGAAAACGAAGACAAGUGUUAAAGGUCACAAUGAUCCUCCGCUGAGUAAUUUUGACGUGGUUAAAGAAAAUGAUAACAGCGCUAUUGACCAAAUCAAGAAGUCUCUGAAGCAAAAGAGAAAAAAACAACAUGGCUUUAAAUUUCCAAAAUUUGGAUUUCCGUCGUUUGUUCCUCCAUCUGCAAAUCAUUCUGAUGUACUAGAAAAUGGGCGUGUGCAGGGGAACAUUUUAAAGAAAGAAGACAAAAAAAGAACAAAGGAGGAGGAGGGUUUGGUCUCAAGAUGCCAAAGUUCAGCUGAGCGACGGCUUACUAAUUUCAUAAGGAAAGAAUAUUAAGCAUUAUCUUCCAGAGUGUAAAUAUGUAAUUACAUUUUCAAAUUCAUUUUUAUUUAUUGUAGUCUGAACUUUGUAAAUAGGGAAUUUAUUUAAGGAAUUAUUUUCCUAAUUACUAUAUCUUUAUA